CCCGCCGCUGAGACUAGGAAGCGGGACGCCAAAUCUGUCCCCGCGCAGCCGCCGCGCCGGGCGCCGAGCGGGGGCCGCCCUCCCCGAGGCGCGCCUGUGCACGUUCCCACGCACGCUCCGGCGUACGGCGGCGGCCCGGGGUCGCGAGCCGGCGGAGGACCCGCGCGCGGAGGAGCCCGGGGCGGCAGCGCUUCUUCCCUCCCUCCCCCACUCCCCUCCCCGCUCCCUACCCCCCUCCCCAAGAAUGUUCCGCUACGAGUCCUUAGAGGAUUGUCCCCUGGAUGAAGAUGAAGAUGCAUUUCAGGGCUUAGGAGAAGAAGAUGAAGAGAUUGAUCAAUUCAAUGAUGAUACAUUUGGGUCAGGUGCUGUUGAUGAUGAUUGGCAAGAAGCCCAUGAGCGCCUGGCUGAAUUGGAAGAGAAACUGCCAGUGGCAGUUAAUGAACAAACAGGCAAUGGAGAAAGGGAUGAGAUGGACUUGUUGGGUGACCAUGAGGAGAAUCUGGCAGAAAGGCUCAGUAAGAUGGUGAUUGAAAAUGAGCUAGAAGAUCCAGCAAUCAUGAGAGCAGUGCAGACCAGGCCAGUUCUGCAACCCCAACCAGGAAGUCUCAAUUCCAGCAUCUGGGAUGGAUCUGAAGUUCUGAGGCGAAUCCGAGGACCACUGCUUGCUCAGGAAAUGCCGACAGUGUCUGUAUUAGAAUAUGCCCUGCCUCAAAGGCCCCCACAGGGCCCAGAAGAUGAUCGAGACCUUUCUGAGCGUGCAUUACCACGGCGGUCAACUUCGCCUAUCAUUGGGAGUCCUCCUGUUAGAGCCGUCCCCAUAGGCACCCCACCUAAGCAGAUGGCCGUACCCAGCUUCAACCAGCAGAUCCUGUGUCCCAAGCCUGUCCAUGUCCGGCCCCCGAUGCCACCGCGUUAUCCUGCUCCCUAUGGCGAGAGGAUGUCUCCAAACCAGCUCUGCAGUGUCCCGAACUCUUCCCUACUGGGUCACCCUUUCCCUCCUAGUGUUCCUCCCGUUCUCAGCCCCCUCCAGAGAGCACAGCUUCUUGGAGGAGCACAGCUACCGCCUGGACGGAUGUCUCCCAGCCAGUUUGCACGGGUCCCUGGAUUUGUUGGUAGUCCGCUAGCUGCCAUGAACCCCAAGUUGCUGCAAGGGCGAGUGGGGCAGGUGCUUCCCCCAGCACCUGGCUUCCGGGCCUUCUUCAGCGCUGCACCCCCCGCUGCUCCACCGCCUCCACAGCAGCACUCCCCUGGCCCAGGGCCUCACCUGCAAAACCUAAGAUCUCAGGCCCCCAUGUUUAGACCAGACACAACUCACCUCCAUCCACAACACCGUCGUCUCUUGCAUCAGAGACAGCAACAGAACAGAAACCAGCAUCGGAGCCUCAAUGGUGCAGGAGAUAGAGGAAGUCACCGGAGCAGUCAUCAGGACCAUCUCCGAAAGGAUCCCUACGCCAAUCUCAUGCUGCAGCGAGAGAAGGAUUGGGUCUCUAAAAUCCAGAUGAUGCAGCUGCAGAGCACUGACCCCUACCUGGACGAUUUCUAUUACCAGAAUUACUUUGAAAAACUGGAGAAACUGUCAGCUGCUGAAGAAGUACAAGGCGAAGGUCCCAAAAAGGAGCGCACCAAGCUCAUUACUCCUCAGGUGGCCAAACUGGAGCACGCCUAUAAGCCAGUGCAGUUCGAGGGUUCUUUGGGAAAGCUUACUGUCUCCAGUGUGAAUAACCCCCGAAAAAUGAUUGAUGCCGUUGUAACAUCGCGGAGUGAGGAUGAUGAGACAAAAGAAAAACAGGUUCGGGACAAGAGACGAAAAACCCUUGUCAUAAUUGAGAAAACCUAUAGUUUACUCCUGGAUGUGGAGGAUUAUGAAAGGCGGUAUCUCCUAAGUCUAGAAGAAGAGCGACCUGCCCUGGCGGAUGAAAGAAAGCACAAAAUUUGUAGCAUGUAUGACAACUUAAGGGGGAAAUUGCCUGGACAAGACAGGCCAAGUGAUGACCACUUUGUACAGAUCAUGUGUAUCCGAAAAGGGAAGAGAAUGGUUGCCCGUAUUCUUCCUUUCCUCUCCACAGAGCAAGCAGCUGACAUUCUCAUGACAACAGCCAGGAAUCUCCCUUUCCUUAUCAAGAAGGACGCACAAGAUGAGGUGCUGCCAUGCUUACUGAAUCCCUUCUCUUUGCUCCUCUAUCACCUUCCGUCAGUGACUGUCACCAGCCUUCUGCAACAGCUCAUGAACCUACCUCAGAGCGCAGCUGCACCAGCACCCUCCAACCCUCACCUCGCUGCUGUGCUCCAGAACAAGUUUGGCCUGUCACUGCUCCUCGUCGUCCUGAGCCGUGGGGAAGACCUGCAGAGUUCAGACCCUGCCACGGAAUCAACACAGAACAACCAGUGGACAGAGGUGAUGUUCAUGGCAACCCGGGAACUUCUGCGGAUUCCCCAAGCAGCCCUGGCCAAGCCCAUCUCUAUGCCCACAAACCUGGUGUCCCUGUUUUCUCGCUAUGUGGACCGACAGAAACUGAACUUGCUGGAGACAAAGCUGCAGCUCGUUCAGGGGAUCCGAUAAAAGGUCUCCACCUGCAGCCUGGACCUCCUUCUGGCUGCCACCUGCACUGCCGCCGUCAUGAUGGAGUGUUUUUAAUGAGGGAGGGAAGGUAGCUUAUUCCCCAAAGCGUCUCGUGGACGGAUUCCGGUCACAGGGGUGGUCUUCCCCUGCCAGGUGUUUCCCCACUGCUCUGUGACACUUGGCUGGGCGAUUCUCCUGCUGGUUCCUUCCUACCUUCUGUGUUACAAUUCUGCAUGUCCUGCUUUUCCUCUCAAUUCUUCUCAACUUUGCAUUUUCUUUGCCCUAGAGACACAAAUGUAAUCUCUCCCCUUACCCCACCCCACGAUGCCAGUUCAGAGUAGACCGUAGCCUGCCACAGGGUUCCUGCCCUCGUCCUAUUCAAGUCUUCUUUCAUUGCCCCAUAUCAAUACAACUAUAGGAGAACCAAUUAAGUAGAAACCAAUAUAUAUAUAUAUAUAUAUAUAUAUAUAUAUAUAUAUGCACUCUCUCCACAUACGUUCACGUGGUGUCCAGAGGACCCUUAAAGAACGAGUUUUAGAUUGAGGAAUACGUAGUUGACAGGUCCCUUCUCUAAAAACAGAUCAGCCAAUGUAUUUUUAAUCUGUUUCUAGUCCAUCUCGUAAUUAAUUUGGUGGUUUUGCUUGUUUUAAUCUAAAUACAGGGUAUGCAGCACGUGAAUAAAAUCCGAACUCUUACUUGGCUGGCACCCAGCUCUAGGCUGAGAAGUACUGUGUCUCCUCCCUGCCCUAUUCCCUUUGUAUCUAUGUGUCCCCUGUCAUCGUUGUGCCCCCCCUCCACCCCCACCAAUGAAAUGGCACUGGGUUAGGCCCUUCUUCUGCAACCACCACUGUGUGCUGGAGCAUGUCCCUUCAGGAGUGCAGGGUUGCCCCAGAUGAACCGGACGUACAGCCUGCUUCCACAGCGUAGCAUUGGCGCACUUGCUCUGUCUUCCUGACACAACUUCAAUAAAGCCAUGCUUUUACUUCCCUCUUCCCCUUUAUUAUUUGAUGUCGUGGGUAGUAGCCUGCACAGGUGACCACAGAAGGUAGUUGGGCUGGUAUGCUCUGCCGGCCCCUCUACAGCACAGCAGAACUGCUGUCCUUCCCCUUCGUCUGCAGGUCCCCUCCUGGGCAUCAGGGGCCUGGCUCUAGUCCCAGUCUGUUCUGGCCGAGCAGCCGGCCACUCCGGACCCCAUCCCCCUCCUUCUCCUGCCCCCCCCCCCCCCCAUACCUCCAUCCUCCCCACCCGUGCAGCAGCCAAGCAGGAAGAGGCCUUUGCUCUCCAGUCAUUACAGCCCUCCAGAACAUUAAAUCAGCAUCCAUUUUACAUGGCUGUCCUCAUAUACUGUAUGCUACUCUCACCUUCUCAAAUGUUAGUGAGGGGACACAUGAUGAUGCUCAGAGAGAAUCAACCGUUUGCACAUGCGUGUGUUGUCCUGCAGUACUGUCCUGUUACUCCGCUGUCCUUGCUCCCAUCUCUGCCCCCACCCCCACCCUAGGCCCCAGCCCCCAGCAGCUGCUCCCGACCACUCGACCUAGCUCCCCCCGCAGCCCUCACCUACUGACUGUUUCCACCACGCGCCUUCCCUCCCUUCCCCUCACAACGGAUCAAGUGAAUACUUGACUUAUUUCUUCCUUUCUGUGCUUUAUCUUUUUUGUUUGGUUCUAAUUAAUAAAAAUUAAAGUUUCUAAAUUUACAUUUUUAUAGGGUAUUGUAAAUAAAAACAAAUUGUAUACUUGAAGAA